UUGCUACAAAGCAUAAUUCCUCGGAGUCGUUCAGGUAAGGAAGUACCGUUUGCCAGGCUACACUCAACGCCAGUCAAGCCACAGCAUCGUCAGGUGUAUGAACUCUUGCCACUCCGGCGUUAUUUACAAACUUAAAACAAUAUUUAUAUUUAAAACCAUAGAGUAAUUAGAUUUCUUGUUAUUUAUUUAAAUAAAUGUGAUUAUUAUUAACGAUAUAGUAAUAAACGGUUCAACGCUAACUUGAGAAUAUUCUUGCUCCCAAGGGUUAAUUAACGAUAUUAAAUUCUACUCCAUAUAUAUGUAUAGAUGUAUAAAACAAUGAUUUUUCCAAAGACAAUAAUAGUGAUAGCUUUUUUGGGCAUUGCCGUUGCUCAGAAAGAGGAUGACGUUGAUAUUUCCAGUGCAUUUGCAGAAGUGGCGAAUUCAUUUUUUUCUGAUGAAUCACAAGGGACAAAUAAAUUUAUGAAUGAAAACAAUGGACUAGCAGGAUUUGGCCAAAUUUUGUCUGGAAUUGGAAACUUGAUGGCGAGUACAUCAGGAGGUCAAAAUGGUAAAAAUCAAGGCGGCAUAGAUUUGUCAAUGCUGGGUCCAGUUUUACAAAUGGUUGCUUCUUCUGCUAGUAAUAACAAUCAACAGAUGAAAAACGCCAGGUCUAGUAAUGAAGAUGGAAACGGAUUUAAUGUUGACUUUGAAGGCUUGAUGAAUAUGGCAAGUAUGUUUUUGGGUCCUCGUGAAAACAAUAAUGCUGAAGGUAUCUUAGGAUUACUUCCCAUGAUAUUGGAGAACUUUAAUUCUGGCGAAUCAUCUCCUGAUCAUCCAAAAAAUCAUGAUCAUUCAGCUCAUUCAUGGUACAUGCCGCCAAUUCUUGAAAAUAUACAUGUUCUAUGGGAUCAUUUUAGAAAUUCUGAGUUCGGGCAAACUCUAUGGAAAAAUAGUGGGCUGGCUCAUAUCAUAGGUUCUAUGAGUGAUUCGGAAGGUCAUAUUAUGUAUGAAAGAAUUCUUGAAAGUUUUGAAAAUCCAAGUGCUCGUCGACGAUGGAUAAAAUCCUUGACAAAUUUCGUUGCUGAUUGGUUCUCUCAUAUAUCUGAUCCUGAUAUUCAAAGUCGUUAUUUAACCACUGCGCAAUUUGUAGUCAACAGUUUUCUGAAAUCCCAAGGGUUUCCUAAGUCAGCGGUAUUCGACCCAACAAAACCUGCUGAAAGUCUUACCAGAAUGAUAAAUGCUGGGGCCAAAAGAUAUCUUAACAUGAACAUAGACAGUGCUAAGUAUAUAAAACCUGCCGUGGCAUAUGUUCAGGAUUUGAUAAAAUUGGCUUCAGAGAAAGGAUUCAUUAUGUCUAGAGUCAAUGCUAAUGAACUCAGCAAUCGUCUCAGCGACACUAUAAAUAAUGAUCUAGUAUCUCCGAUUCUCAAGACUUAUCGAGCAUAUAAGUGGGCAGUAAAAUCUCCAAAAUGUGCAACUCACAUAUUAUGUGUUAUUAAUCAAAAACCAUCUGAUGAGAACAAUAGAUCUGUUCUACGAGACAGUAUUAUAAAGGUUAGCAGCUUUCCAGCAGCAUGGGCAAUUAGUACCAAAACGAAUGUUAGUUUUUGGACACUUUAUGGUGCUAUUAGAGAAAAUGAACAAUGUUUCGAUAAGUAUCCAGCUGACUGCAAUGAGUUCCAUGAAGAAGAAAUUCGAGUCACUACAGAAGCAAUUCAUAUUGAAUUAUAGUGCAAAUAGUAUAAAGGUUCAAAAAAACAUCAAAUUCUUCCAAAAAUUUUUUUAUGGCAGGAUAUUGAGACAUAAAUAAUUCCCAAUGUUUUUGAUAUUUCAGUUAACGAAAAAAAUUUCAUUGAAGAUAUCUAAUAUCAGUGUAAUGAAAUCAAGAUAUAUGUUAGUUAUAAUAAUUAUUUAAAGUUUUAUUUCAUAUUGCAGAUUGACUAUCUUAUUUUAAAUUAAAAAUAUGAUUAUUUUUACAUUAUUUGAAAAAUAUAAAUCACACACAUUUAAAUUGCAAUCAUGAUCAACUUUUUGGAAGUUUUAUCUACUUAGUAAUAAUAAGACAUCGAAUAUGUUACAUUCCAUUAAGUGCAAUACUGUUAAAUAUAUAUGUUAUAAUAAGUCAAGUAAUACGAAACGUGAAGUUCGGUUUUUAAUAUAAUUUAUAUAAUUAUUCACUUUAACCUAUUUACUAUAUCAAUAAUUUAAUCUUUGUAAAUAUUAGAUAAAUUUCAAAAUGAAUAUAACGAAUGUACAAAAAUUUGUCACUGCUACAUAUUCAUUCCGAUAAUAGUUUCACCAGAAUAUAUGAUUAAAUAUUACUUCUUUUUGAUACUUUUGCAUGCCCAUUCAAGUCCUUCCUGUAAUAAUUUUUUAUUAAACAUGCAAUAAACUGAUAAAAAUAAUAAAUAUUCAUAAGGGUGAUCACAAUAUAAAUAUACUAAUAACAUUAUUUUUUAUCAAUAUAAUUUUUGUGUAAGCCUACAAUGUAAAAAUCAAGAUGGACAAGUGUAGAAGCUGAAGCUAGCGGCCAAAAUAAGUAGCGGCCACGCAAAAAAUUACUGGCCGCUACUUCUUACGGCCGCUUGCUUCAGUUUCAUUGGACAAGUAAAGUAUUUUCUAUUGUAAUCCUUUAUAAAUAUUUUCAUGAUUUUUUCAAACUGUAUGAUAAUAAAUUCAAAUUGUCAGAAGAAAA